CACAUUCCUGAACACCUGUAAGGGUGCAUAAUUACAUGUGCGAUCCGCUUUUAACAUAAAGCACAGAUGUUUUACACUCUGACAUUAACAUAAAAAUAUUAUUUUUUCUCCAAGAUAAAUCUGAACAGUCAUCACAAUCUGUUAUCAUUCAUGUCAGAUAAUUUAAAAAAGCAUACAUUAAUUCCUAAUCUGUAUUACUGCAUCACAAAUAGGGUUUUAAUUAUGAAUGAUUACUUGAAAUGCCAUUCUGCAGUUAAUUGUUGGAUGAUGGAUUGUGCUGGUGCUUGGCAGAUGUGCAUAUGAUAUAAUUCCCCAUAAGGGUUUUGUCCUGUUUGCUACAGUUCAAUGCAUUUACUUUGACACAAUAUACAUUAUAUAAACUGUUCUUCCAAGAACGUACUCACUCUUAGGUCAUCCAAAAUUUAUGAGUUUGUUCCUCAUUUUGGAUCAGAUUUGAAGUAUUUUAGUGUUUCAUCACUUGCUUCACCAGUGGAUCCUCUGCUGCUGAAUGGGUGCCGUCAGAAUAAGAGUUCAAACAGCUGAUAAAAACAUCACAAUCCAAAAUCAAUUGGCAUGACUCCAGUCCAUCAACUGAUGUAUGUGAAAUGAUAAGCUACACAUUUCCAAGAAACAAACUCAUAAUUAAAACAUUUCAAUUUGAAAGUGUGUUAUAUUAACACUCCCUCCAGUGAAAAAGUUAAUCUGUUGUUUCCCUCACAUUAAAAUCCACUGAUGUACUUGUUUAGGGCUGUUUUGGUCUGUAAAUGGUGCUUGAUCUAUGGAUAUUUCUCUCCUGAUUCAGACAAAAUUAUUUUUCACUGGAGGAAGCAAUAUUAUGGAUGGAGGAUUUUAGCAGGAAGCAAUGGUUUGAAGUUAAAAUGUCUUGAUAAAUUUGUUUAUUACAGUUAUGCAGCUUGUGCAUUACUGACAUUACUUGUGUAUUAUUGUAAUGGUUUUAUCAGCUGUUUGGACUCAUUCUGGCACCCAUUCACUGCAGAAGAUUCACUGGUGAGCAAGUGAUGCAAUGCUCAAUCAUUUUAAAUCUUUAAAUCUAUUGAAGAAACAAACUCAUCUACAUUUUGAAGGCAACUAGUUUAGAUAUAGAAAUCCACAAAAUAGCCUAUACUGAAUCAUUAUAGGUGAUAUUAUUUUAUGUAUUUGUUCUAAAACAACUGCAAAAAUUGUAAUUUUUAUGUCCUGAUUUUUGUCCUUCAGCAUUUUUUCUUAAACACAAAACAGUUGAUGUUCUUUUCUCUCCUCCUGUUUCUGUGUCUAUAAUUGCAACACCUGAUUGGUUGACUCGCUAUGACAAAGAAGGCCAAUCAUAGGACUGGAAGCAGCUUGUACUUGGUCCUAUGGGAUGCACCUUUUGUUUUUAAUUAUGAAGGUUGGGUUUAAAUUGUGGCCAGGUUCUCAACGUUUGCUCAGUCGGUGUACGGGGUGUGUUGAGACUGUAGUACACAAGGGGUUUGGCUCACCUUUAUCUUCCAGUCGGUCAGCUGUAGAGCUGAACUUCAAGGCCUCUCUCCUCAGCGGGUUCACAUCAUCAUCCUUAGACAGGAGUCAGAAAGGUUAAGAUGGCUCAUUUGAGAGGAUCUUCCAUCUUCCAUGUGUUGCUGCUUGCAACAUUAUUAUUACCAGAGUUUCUGUUGGCCGGCCCUGUGACCCAGCAUUUAAAAGGAGAUGAUGGAAGUGAUGAAAAGGCUGGCAUUGAAGCAGUUCCAAAGAAACUAAUCCGCAACAGGAGAAACAUCAGUUGGUACAAGCAGCACUCUGACUUCUGGAGCUGGUACAAAUACUUCACUGACAAUGGAAACCAAGAGGGAGUUGCAGAGCUGGAUCGCGUCUAUCUUUCAUACUUGCAGAACAAGAAUCGGGCUGAGUCAGGUCGUUCCUACAAGCUGUACCUGCAGCACCUUAGCGACAUCUACAAAUCUUGUGCCGAGUCUGAUGACCCAAACUGUGUGGCCUCGUACACCAACAGACCCAAACCCAAAGCUGAGGCACCAGUGCCUGCCCCAGUCAAGUCUUGUGACCCUUACAGAGACCCAUACUGCUUGCACUCAAAGGGGUACUCUUAUUACCCAUACAUGUCUCCGGCCCCAGCCGCUGUCAAAGGCCCUGCACCUGCCCCUGCCCCAGUCAAAGCCCCAGCCUACAUUCACACACCUGUGGUGAAGGAUCCACGUUCUGGUCAGUACUACUACUCUCCGCUGGUGCAACCCUUCCUGUCAGCAGAGCAGAGGACCGAGCUGUUGCGCAUCUGUGAUGCCGAGGAUGUCGAGUGUCUUCAGUACCACCUCCGUGCUGCUUACGGAUACAAGCCUGCUGCUGCCCUAGCCCCAUCCUACGCCCAUCUCGGCUGUGACCCUAAGACCGAUCCUCACUGCGUCCCCCAUUUGGUCCAGAAGGCACCAUCUGGUCUGUACCUGCGUUAUCCCCAUUGUGACCCUCGAGUUGACCCAUACUGUGCUUAUGCUGCUGCUCUGGCAUCCUCGCAAAACCAUGAAGCCCCUUCUUCUGGCUUGGAGAGACCCUGCAACCCUCUCUACGAAGAUAACUGCAACCCUCUGACAGCCACAAGGUUUGGCAGCCUGGCUCCUGAAAAUCUGAAGGACGAUCCCGCAUCUGAAGCCGGUGCCAUGCGGGCACCUCCGAGCCCUCGUCGUGACCCCUAUGCCAUGCACCGAGAUGCAUCUGCUGGGGAUGACCUGCGAAGACACCAGCCUACACAUCUCCAACCUCCAAGGUACCAACCAGAGGAACCUCAACAUCCUUUGGGACCCCGAGGGAAGACCAAGGAGGGAUAUGACUGUUUCAUCGGGUAUGAUCAAGAGUGCUUCCCACUGGGUUCCCAAAACGAGCACCGUCCUGCUGUGCACAGACAGCCAUCCAACCCAAGUGAAGCCUACGAGCCCCACCUGAAUGCCGAUGGAACCAGGAAUGGAGUGGUCGAACCUGAUCCUGACUGCGACCCAGAGUACGAUAGAAACUGCCGCUUGCGCCGCUACAGAUCUGAGGUGGCCGAACCUGCCAGUCCAUCACCUCAAGAGGAGCCAGCCCAGGAGGAAUCCCACCGUGAGGAGAUCCCUCAGCAUAGAGAAGAGUCCUACCCUGAGGCCCCAGGCUAUGACCAGCAGCAAUAUGAGCACUACAUGAGUGGACAAGAGGAUCCAUAUGCCGGAUACGGCGCCCAGGAACCAGGAGCGACUAGCUUUCAGGAUAUCCUGAGAGGAUACGGUGGUCGGUAUCCUGGUCAGGAUGACCACCGUGCCUACAACGGAGACUACAGAAAGAAAUAAAUACCUGUGACAAUGUAUGCCAAGAAUAGUAGAUCAGGACAGGACACAUUUUUGUAGAUACAUUUUGCAAUGCACACUUGUAGAAAAGGUGCACAUGCAUUUUCACAGGAUUUCACUUGGUUCACUCAAUAUUUUUGAGAGCUGCUGAAAUUUCCUAGUUCUGGAGUUUGACAGCACUUGUAUAGGAAAAAGAUAAUUAGAUUCUUAUGAUUUCUUGCUGAUUCUUUAAGCCCAUGUAAUCAUAUUGUAUCUCUAGGAGAAGUAUCUCUCUUCUACUAGAAGAGCACUUGAAAGAGCUCUUUGUAUCUUUGUGGAGGGAAAAUUACACAAAACAAAGUAUGUAAAAGGUGAAAAGUGUACUAUAUUGAAUAUACUGUAACCUCACCCAAUUUGGCUUUUCUUUGUAAAUCCACCCCCUAAUUUCCCUUCAAGUUAAUGUUUAAUUAAUUUCUAGGACCCUUGCUUAUUUGUAUUCUUUUUUUAAAUGGCCAAAUUGAUGCUAUGUGAUUUGUUUGCAUAUUUGUAAGAUGUUUUUCUUUAAAAAGUUUCAAAUAAAAGCUUUACACAUCUUGAGUUCUUUUUAUUUGCAAAUGCACCAUUACUACUGUGACAAACUAGCUAAUUUAACAAACAGUUUUUCUAUUAAUUACAAUCAAAUUACAUUUUAUAUAUAUAUAUAUAUAUAUAUAUAUAUAUAUAUAUAUAUAUAUAAACGCUGGUAGAACUUGUUGUUGCUCAUUUUAUUGGACUAUCAUAGGCAAGUGAAUUAUUUUGCCAUCCUACUGUAUUUUCA